AUGGCUGAUAAUGAUUAUGUUAGAUUAGAUGCGACGUUGCAAUACUUGUCUAUUGAUUUGUUGAAGGUAUUUCCAGAAGAGUUUUCAAAUUUACCAAACCUUCAUGUUCUUCGUCAUCUUUCUGAGCAUGCACGACGCUUUGGUAAUCUUAUUAAUGCAUCGGUAUCAUUGAAAGAAAUGGUUCAUCGAAUAUAUAAAAGUUAUGUACCACAUACCAAUAAGAAAAAUGUGGAAUUGGAUUUCAUCAAACGAGAAAACACAUUGCAAAGUCUUAGAUAUUUAAUAGAUCGUGGUUUACAUAAUCAUAUACAAAUUAAUGGAAAAAUUAAAAGUUUAUUUGAUGGAUGGUAUUUAACUUCGCAAGUAUAUUCAAAUGAAGAUAUUGAAGAAGAUGAUGAUAUGAUAAUCGAAGAAAACAUAAAACUUCAAGCAGGUGAUGUUGUUGAGAUAGAAGGAAAAUAA